AUGCUGCUUCUCCAUGCUCUCUAUCUGUUCGACGGAAUGCCUGAAUGACGAUUGUGUUAAUAAUGCCUAUGUCCUGCUCUUGAUUUCUCCUCAUGCUGUGUGCAAUGAGCUCUUAUAAAUGUCGAUUUUAACAUGGAUUGUGUUAAUUUCUUAUGUUGAAUUGCUAUUUUAAUACUAUCUCAUAUGUUUUUGGAAUGUGGAUGAGUUUGAUUAACUUGGAUUGUUGGUCCCUUGUUGUGUUAAAUUUUUAGGUCGACUUGCUAUUUUAAUAUCUCAUAGUAUGUUUUUUCGAAUGUGGAUGAGUUUGAUUUGAUUACUUGUUCUUUGUUAUUGUCUUAGCUCAGUAAGGGUUUGAAUAACUGUAAAAUAUGAUGAUCUUUAACAUGUAGGGAGUGUGUUAGUGCCUAUUUUCAGCUGCCAAGGAACACAUAAUUACUGCUGUUUAUGUCGGAUUUUUUGUGUGGUCGUAGUUUUAGUAGUAGAAGAGUUUGACGUAAAAUAAGUAAGAGAAAUAUGUUACAGGUAACUUUUAAACAAGAUGAUUAAGAUGCUUGUGAGGCUUGUUACUCGAACAAAUAUAAAACUUCCAAGUGUAGAUAGAAAACCAGAACAAUCAUGGAUUCUUAUCACGAUCUUUGGGGAACAUAAUGUGAAAUCUUUUUUUUUUGGUCUAGUGUAUUCUAAAAGUAGCGAACACAAACAAAUUCAUUUUGGGGGAUAUUGUUCAAAGUUCAUAUAUAGGUGUAGAUAUUUUUUUCUUGAUUAAAUAUAGAUUUUUUGAAAUUAUGGAUUCCAUCCCAUACCUUGUGUUUUUGGAGAACAAAUAAUCUGUACCUCUGUUUUGAUUGGGAACUACACUCAAGAAUAUAAAUUUUACAAUCAGUUGAGAAUGAAAAACUAAUUGUAAUAAUCAUCUAUAACCAAUGUUGUCAAAGCAGUAUGGCGGUCCAUGGCGGUUCGCCCGAAAAAUGCCACAGGGAUAUAGCGUAUCGGUAUGGCGGGAUAUCGCGGUCAUUAAUUAAAUAUAUAAAAUAAUACUUAUAUAUUCAUAUAUAAUUCAAAAAAUCAGAAAAUAAUAAAAAUAUAACAUUAAAAACUCUAAAAAUAUGUAAUAAAGCAUAAAAUAGAAAGCAAUUAUAUAAAAGUCUAGUAAUUAAAGAUUUUAGUAAAGUGUUCAACAAAACAUAAAACCAUAAGAAGCUCAAUAGACAUCAAUCAUCAAGCUCAACAUAGUCUUCAAGCUCAUCAUCAUCACUAUCAUCUUCAUCCAUUUCAUCUUCAUCCUCCAUUGCUUCAUCCUCUUAAUCUCCACUUACACUAUCCUCAAAUUCUUCCUCUUCCAAUUCUUCAUCUACAAGCUCAAACCUUUUUCCUUUCCCUUUUCUAGGUAUGAUUUGUUCCUUUUUCUUAGAAACUCUAAGACAACUUGAACUAGAUGUAGAAGGUUCUAUCCUCUUCUUUGACCUAGUAUAUGUCCUAGGCUCUCCAACACCCGAAGCCUUAUACACCAUGUUCCAAUCAAGUGUAUCAUCAUCAUCAUGAACCAAAUGAUUACCACCAUCAAUAUCAUCAUCAUCAUCAUCCAACUCCCCAACAAGCCGCUCAUUGCACUCAUCAAUAUCAUCGAGAAUAAUAGGAUCAAAUCCAUCGGUUGCACUAAGCUUGUUCCUAUCAUGCAAUUUUUUGUUAUAUUCACAUAAACCAAAUCUUGCAUCCUCUUAUGCUCGAGCCUGUUUCUCUUUUUUGUAUGUAUCUACAAAAUAAAUAUAAUUAUUCACAUAAUUGUUAUUUAUAAAUAUUAUUAGAAACUAAAUCACUAUAAGUAACACCAAUUAUAGAUGAUUAUCUAGAAAAUGAAAAUAUAAAAAUAAAAAAUAUUUAUAAAACACUAAUUACAAUAUAUAAUAAACCCUAAUUAUAAAUUAUUUAUAAAACCAAAAAACAAAAUACUUAUCAUAUGAAAUAUUGAAGAAAAGUUGAAAAGGUUAGUAGUGGUAGAAAAAUGGUACACCACAACUUGGUAUAUAAAAUAAAACAUAGGAAAAGAAAAAAAAAAUGAACCAGCACACAGAUUCUAUUUUGUCAAAAUAUGUUUCUUUUCACAUUUACAAAAUUACUUCCAUAUUGGCCCAUGGUGCCAUGAAAAAAGGGUUCGGAUGGAACUGAGAGAAUAUAAAUCUGUUGGGUUAGAAUACUGUGCGCUCAACAAUCUUAAUCUGUUCUGUAGUUAAUGAUAGUGUCAUAGAAAAUGUAACGGAUUCAACAAUGGGCUGAAGCUGGCCCAAAUCAUUGAUUAUCAAAGCAAUUAAAUACAUCUAUAUUUUAAUCAGCUACAUACAUUAUAAAUUUGUGAUGUAUGUUGUUGCUUAAUCUAAUAUGUUUAGAAUUAGUAAGGUGACUUCUUCUCAUUGUUCAAGAUUGCUAUGGCUUAUAAUUGUUUCGUGUGAAAGUACUCUGCCUCAUUCAUGAGUAGUCCUAUUAGUUGACUCUAAAAUAAUGUAAUCCGUAUUAUUUUCUAAUAUUUUCUCAGACGUUCUGCUUGCAGUAGAUUAUCCAACUAAUAACUGGUAUUUGGUAUCAAAGGUAAUUUUUAUAUUCUUUAAUCAAAUACACGUAUGCGAUAAGUUAAUUACACGAAUACAAUAAUAAGAAAAUAGUAGAUUACAAAGGUGGCCAAGUGGCUUCUGAGCAGCUACACAUGUAAACUUAUUCCGAAAUCGAAUAGUGGAAAAUAGCAUUAAUCACACCUUACUUAUAACGCUUGCUCAGAUGCUUGCAUAUGUAACACCUAUCCUCACACGUCACAAGACCUUUAUGGCACCUACACUCACAAUCACUGACCCUACAAUCAUAUACGUGUGAACAAGUGCGUAUCUUUUAGUAAAUCAACUGUAAUUGUAAAUGAUUAUUACAAAACAAAAAGAUUAAGAAAGCCAGGUGGGAUCGUUCCAAUCAACUUUACUCCAUGUAACAAAAAGAUUAAGAGAGCCAGGUUGGCUGCUAAGCAAUACACACAGGACAAAAAUGACAGUGGGAUCUUUUCAUUUUGUAACGCACGCGCACUAGCUUGUAUGCCCAGCGCCUAUAUAAGAAGCACAGGUUAGUCCAUUGUCUAUUCUUCUUCAGAGUAAAUUUAACUGUAAAUCUAGAGGGUGGAAAUUUCUCAGAGAAUAAGCAUAACUUCUAAGGAUUUGGAGGCCAGAGUUUUCCUUUUUUGUGCAGUCUUCGCCAAGAAAUAUUUCCUUGAAGGUCAUCAUUCUCUGUUCUCAGUCAAGCUUUCCCAGUUGCCUCAAAAAUGGAUUCAGUUCGGACAUCCGAUGACUGCUUCUGCACGAUGAGGGUGGAUGAUGCUGCAUCAAAGGAUGCACGCACAUUUUUGGAUUGGACAAGGGAGGAGGACAAGGCAUUCGUGAUUGCUCUCACAACCCACUAUAAUGAUGCUGAUAUGUGGGGUAAGAUCGCAUUGGCAGUUCCUGGGAAAACUGUUCAAGAUCUAAAACUUCACUAUGAAGCCUUAAGUGUGUUGGCUGUUGAGUCUGGGAAGAUGCCUCUGUCCAUUUAUCCGACCAAAGGCGAUGUUCUAGAAGAGAAGAAGUUGGAGUCAGAGAAAGUGCAACGAGGGGCUCAUUGGACAGAAGAGGAGCACAGGAAUAGCAGAGGUGCAGCAGGGCAAGAUAUUGACCUAUUUGUUGAUGGUCAAUAUGAUAUCGGUGCUACUACCGAUAUUUUGGAUGAUGUGGAUCUCUCUUUGUUCCCUCAUUUUCUGGAUUAAAAAGCUUGUCAGGAAGUGUGAGAGUGUAUAGGCAUGGGAAUGGGGAAGUAGUUACUUCUGGCCAAGCAAUUUGGAGGAAAUGGAGGGAGAUACAGUGUCAACCGAAAGGGAGGAUUUGGAGGAAGAUACGCUGGGAUGAAGCAGUUGUGCAGCGCAUGAAGAUCUCGACAGUAUUAGUCUUCAUAUAUGUAUAGAUGAGUAGGUGGUUCUUCUCCAGAAAUCGAUUCUUCCUCCAGCAUCAUCUUUGUCAAGGUCUGUUGUCAUUUUCUUAUCAAUAAUUACAUAAAUAACAAAGGAUUUUUUUGCAAUAUCUCAAAUAUUUGCAUUAGCUACAGUAUGAAUCUAUAGAUGAUAUUCAUUAUUC